AUGGGUCGCAAGGCGCAUCUUGCCCGAAUGGCUCUGGGAAGAUCGCCUUUUGAUGCCCCACUGCAAGACGAGCAAGGCGAGUUCAUUUUGGGCCCAAAUGUUCAGCACGGUACUGCUCGAAAUUAUGUACAACGAUUUGAUAGUCGUGGACACCCAGAAAAUCUCGCGUCUGAGGCAGCAAGAAGGAGACUUCGCCGUGCCCAAAACGAGGUUCUCUCGACGGUCGGUGUUGUUGUUCGCAAGGCAAAAAUGAACCGUUCAGCGUGGGAAGACAUGGGAGAUGAUCAGAAACAUCAACUUCUCCUGGACGAAAAUAUUGCAGGGGCGAACUUUGGUGUUGUUGAAAGUGUUGUCCUGAAGCUGUCGACCCGAUGGCUGAGCGCACUUCGUCGUCGAAUUCUAGUCUACAAGUCAUACGUCGGUCUAUCAGUACCUCAAAUCUUGAUGACUGAGUGGAAUGUUGUAGGUCCUUGGUCAGUUUUGUUUGCUGGGUUGCCAAUUGGCGCCGUCUCAGCACUCAGUCAGGCUCUCAGGGACGAUGUUUUGGACGAAGGCCGCUUCACAAAUCUGUUGCUGUCGUCGAGAAAAUCUCCUGCGAUAAGAGUUGCCAACCUUAUCGUUAGUCACAGUCUGCGGAUGCUAUGGUUCGCGGCCGAAUACCCUCUUUAUGCCUUCUCGACUUUGCAGUCUUUGUAUCUGAUCCCAAUCGGUGCCAUUCCGCACCCAUGGAGUUUUGUGCCAUUCAGUCAUCUGUCGCCCGUUCAGCUUCCUCAACCGCUUCCCGACGGCUCUUUCAGGUCGUUGGUGGCCUAUUUAGCCCGGCUAUUUGUACAGCCGAUCACAAUCGCCUAUAUUCGAGACCAAAUCGGGAAAUUUCUCUACACUAAGCUCUACAUUCUUGUCCGUCAUCUUGUAGUGAAGCCUGAUCGACCAGAUCGGAUCUCACUGCAAAGCGCACGAGCAAACAGUAGUGUCUUCAAUGACACCACAAUUGCAGGACUAGGAGCUGGCUGCAAAGUGUUAAGAAGCCACAAUGAACCGUCAACUUUCGCAGACACCAUCAAUGCACUCUUUCCAGCCUUAUGCUGGCUUUGGGAAAAAAUUCUUCAGACCCAAAGUGCUUCUUUGGCCGUAGAGUUGACGCCGGACAUGGAAGACGAGUUAUUGCAGAGGAGUGCCAUGUAUUAUCGCGACUCCAUGCGACGCCAGCAAAGAGAGUUUGGCCCGCUCAGACAUUCCCUCCGAACACUACGAGUCAUGGCCAUUCGGGAUGCCUUUGCUGAUUUUGGUCUCGACCCAGACCAGGCUAUGGUCGGUAUCUUCGAAUUGGCCCAGGGGAUGCAGGUCGCAGUCAGGGAAGAUGCUUCUACUGCGACUCCCGAACCCGACCCUGAUAUCCUCACUAAUCCAAUGGUGGAUGUAGUGGAGAGUGAUGGAACUCUGCAGAUACGUACAGCCGAGGCUUCGCAGCUCGGGAACCGGCACACGCCAGGGAAUAGAUCCCCGGAGAAUCUCCACGAGAUUAACGACGCAGAUGCGACUCGCGCAGAUAAUGUGGAGGGGAUUUCUGAGAUGCAAAGUUUGGACGAACCUGCUGUACCGCUCGAGAGGCUGCUUUGGACAGCUCCGCAAGAACCUGUUGUGGUUCACGUGGAUGAGCCUAUUGAGGAACAGCUCUUUCCUAGCCCUCCACCCUCAAGCCCACCGAGUGCUCCCGAGCUUGGGAUUAAUCGAGCCCACAGUCUGACAGCAACAGCCCCAAGACCUGUUCGUCGAGAAACGGAUGUAUACAGUGAGCAGGCGCGACCGAUACGACAAGAUUUGUUCUAUCGCCGCCACUCGCGGGCUCGUGAAGAAGACGAUGGGUUAUACCGCGUCACCAUUUUGUCGAAUCACCCGGCAGAAGCGUUCGCUUUGAAUGUGGCUUCGGUUAUCGAGCCACUGCUCCUCCUUCCGCUUGACAUACUAUUCUUUCGGUCAAUGGUCAACAAUUUUGCAACUCAGCCGACCAGCUACGGACUCUCUCUGUCUACUGGGUCAUUAAUCACACGUAUGUUCCCGGUGGGAUUCGGGUUUGGAGCGAAUGAAUAUCAUGGUUUAUCAGCGGUCUUUCUAACCUUGGGAAAUUGGGGCAUUGCAUUCGCUACGCAAAGCAUGCUCAAUUUCGCGAUGUGGAAGAUGAGCACACUCUUUGUGUUGCGUUUGGGACAGCGGUUUGGCUGGGGCAAAGUGUAACAUGUGUCAAGCUUCUUGAAGUAUCUCCGUAAUAGUGAUACCCAAAUAGUCUGACUUGAUACAGACAACGCUGUCGGUAAAGGUGGA